UCUCUCACCCUCCCAUUCCCGAAUCUGCCCGAAGACCAAAUGCCCCAAACACACAACCCCUUGAAAUUUCCAUUCUGCCCUUCACCACCGCCGCGAUCCUUCCUCCGCCGCCGUCGCCUCCUCCAUCUUCACCGCAAAAACCACCGUCUCCGCAUAAUCUAUGUAUAGUAAAGUGAAUAUUGUAGGAUUUCUCUGCUCUGGUCUAAUACUCGGUGGCGGGUAAAUGCUGGUCCCUGGGAUUUUAGGGCUUCAGGGCCUCGUGUUGGGGUCGUUACUGGCGGUCGUUCUCUUGGUUCGUCACAAGUGGAAUAAUGCUGUGGCGAGGAAGGACGAGAUGGACCGGCUGCUCGCUUCGGCUACCGAAGAAACGGCUGCCGCGGAGGCCGAAGCUGUUGGACUGUACUACUCGAGUAUGCCCAGGCAGUACCAGUGCGCUGUGUGCUAUAACCCUACGACUACGCGUUGUUCCCGGUGCAAAGCUGUCCAUUAUUGUUCUGGCAAGUGUCAAAUUAUUCAUUGGAGACAAGGGCAUAAGUAUGAAUGCUGUCCUCCAACUUCCACCACCUUUUUUGAAGAAGGAAGUGAGUUCGGUGAGGAACGACCAUUGAAGAACUACUCUGAAACUCAUAUUAAUGAUUUUGUUAUAGAAGAUGCUCAAGAGAUGCACACUUCUGGAGCUAGAAGUGAAUGCCCGUUUGAUGUAUCUCCAAUUGGAAAUGCUACAUCAUUAGGAAGGUCAGAUGUUGAUACUUCUUUAGUUAAUAAUCGCAAAGGUAAUGCACAGCGCCGUAAACGCAAGGAUGUGAGAUCUCUUUCAUUUAGUGAAUCUAGUGAUCAUCCCACUUUAACCACAUGUGACCAUUCAAGUACCGGUUUGAAGUCUGAGUUACCUGAUAAAAUUAUUAGCAUCUCAAAGUCACCGCAGAAUACUUGUAAUGGCGAUGCACAGCUAUUUAAAGGUAAACAUGUCAGAUCAUUAUCAUCUUUUGCAUCUGGUGAUCAUUCAUCAUCAGACUCAAAAGGCUGCUCAGAUAUCAGUUGCAAAUCUGGGCUGCCUCCAGUAAUUAGUGGUGCUCCGGACUUGCCUGAAGAAAAACCCAAUGGCUUGAAGUCGUCAGUCCGGAAAGUUCUCAAGCAGUUUGGGGCUUCAAAAGAGUCAAAGCAUCAAAAGUUAGGUUUUGGGAAUGAGGUUGCUCGAAGAUCCACUUAUAAGAUACUCUUUCCGUAUGAGCUGUUUAUUGAACUUUACUGUGAUGAUGAGGUGGAGCUAUACCCAUUUGGACUUACAAAUUGUGGGAACAGUUGUUAUGCUAAUGCUGUACUCCAGUGUUUGGCAUUUACACGACCUCUCACUUCCUAUCUUGUUCGAGGAUUCCAUUCCGAAGCAUGCCCAAAAAAAGAGUGGUGUUUCAUCUGUGAAUUUGAAAUUUUAAUUAUGAAAGCAAGGGGAGGGGAGUCUACUUUGUCUCCGAUCAGGAUACUAUCUAAGAUACAAAAAGUAAGUCGCUUUAGUCAAGGUAGCGAAGAAGAUGCCCAUGAAUUCUUGAGGUAUGCUGUUGAAACCAUGCAAUCUGCUUGCCUCAAGGAAGUUGGGAAUCGGGGUAAAGUGGCAGAAGAAACAACUUUUGUAGGCCUGACUUUUGGUGGUUUCCUUCGAUCCAAGAUUAAAUGCAUGAAGUGCCUUUGCAAAUCUGAGCGAAUUGAACGGAUGAUGGACUUAACUGUGGAAAUUGAUGGAGACAUUGGGACUCUUGAAGAAGCACUCUCUCAAUUUACAGCUAGUGAAGUCUUGGAUGGAGAGAACAAGUACCGUUGCAAUAGGUGCAAAUCUUAUGAGAAAGCCUGGAAAAAGUUGACUGUAUUGGAGGCACCCAAUGUUCUUACAAUCGUGAUGAAGCGAUUUCAGUUGGGUAACUAUGGGAAGCUGAAUAAGUUUGUUCAGUUCCCUGAGGUCCUUGAUAUGAGUCCAUAUACCAGUGGAACAAGUGACAAAUCUCCCCUGUUUAGUCUCUAUGCUGUGGUCGUUCACUUGGAUACAAUGAAUGCAGCAUUCUCGGGCCAUUAUGUCUGCUACGUAAAGAAUUUUCGAGGGGAGUGGUUCAGAAUAGAUGACAGCAUGGUGAUUCCUGUCGAGUUGGAGAGGGUUUUAACGGAAGGGGCAUACAUGCUUCUCUAUGCGAGGCACUCUCCACGAGCCUCAGCUUUGGAGAGGAACUUAGCGAUAUCUCAGAGUGUAAAGUCCAAGAAACAGAACUUGGAAGCUGUUCCUUCCAGCCAUAACCAAUCGAAGAGAAAAUCCAGCUCUAAUGCCACCAGCACUGUUCCUUUGGCACAAAGGAAGCCUGUAAAAUGCCAUUACCAGAGGUCGCUGGAAGGUUCAAGCGCCAAUCAAUUCUUUGAUCCAGAUUUUUGGAGAUUUCAUUCAAAGCAAAGAUUUUCCACAGCAGAUUCAUCCAGUGAAAGUUCUUCCCUUUUCAGUUACUCUGAUGCCAGUUCUUGUAGUACUACAAGCACGAAGGAUUCAUCCCACAGUGAAGACUUAUCCGAUUACAUAUUUGGUGACGUGAAACCCAGUUGGUAUCGCCAUUAUGGACUUCCGUCAGAUCUAUAGCGCUUCUAGAUUGCAGAAAAAAUUCAAGCCAGUAGGAUUGUAAUUUAACCACCCAGUUUUGGUAGUAGCAACAAUAGGGACACUUAACUAGGCGCUAUCAGUCUAGGCUAACCCUUCCAUUGUGAGAGAAUGCUGUAUUAUUUAGAAAAGGCAGUGCAAAUACAUCAACUCAAAACUUGGUCUUGAGGUUUGAGUUGAGAUGAAAUGAUGUUUCUUUUGUUAUUCUUGGUCAAGCCAAUUUAUAAAUCAUCAUUUCUUUCCA